AUGGAGCAACCUUCCAAAAGGAAACCAAAUUGGACAGAGGCAGAGCUGGAUGCUCUUUCCAAAGGGGUUGCAGAAAACAUUAAUAUGCUAAAGGGGAAAUUUUCUCUAUCAGUCACUAAUGACUUUAAAAACCGAUGUUGGGCAACAAUAACCCAGAGGAUAAAUGCAGCAAAUCCUUCUGCUGUCAGCAGAGGUGUAGCUGAUGUUAAAAAAAAGUGGCAGGACCUUCAGAGCAUUGGGAAGAAGAAAGAAGCUGCCAGAAGGAGGAGUCUUAAUGCCACAGGAGGAGGACCAUCUCCUGAGGAUACUACAAAGUCCUGGGAAAAAGCUAUCAUUUCAACAUUUACUAAUACGCAGUUAGAAGGAAUUGCAGGAGGGGAGGACACCAGCUCUGUUAGUCCCUGUGAGCCUUUAAGUGAAAGUGUUAUCAGUUUGAACAUAGAAAGUGAAGGACUAUCAGAAAUAACAGUGGCUGAAGAUAAUGCAGAAACAACAGACUGUGCAGAAGGGGAAUCCUCCAAAGUCUUUAGUGAGCCGAAAGAGAAACCAAGCAAAAAGAGAGACCAUUACUUCAUGUUGGAGGAAAUGAAAUUGCAGAGAGUUGAACUAUAUAGGAUGAAGAAAAUAAAAAUAAUGGAGGAAAUGCUGGUAUUAAAGAAAAGAUCCACCAAGGCAUUAGAGGAAAUAAGAGAUAGCAUAAAGGCAGACCAAGGACCAUUAUGUUUAUCACCAAUCAUUAAAAUUCAUGAAAUGUAA